UUUUUUAGCACAUUCUAUCCCGAAUCUCCUUACACACAUAACAAAAGGCAGGAGAAAAAAAUUGUAAAAUAUUACGGAUUAUCCGGACAUUUUUCUGUCACUUCUCAAGCAAUAAACCAAAAGUAGCGCUGCGAAAUAGCUAAAAAUACGAAUACGAUCAGAUCUAAGGAAGACCCAGGACAUCGCUAUGGGGACCCCGCAAUCGCCGACACCCAUGUUCAAUGGCUUGGACGAUGAUCUCUACAAUGAGGCCAAAUUUGCCCACGAAAUCAACGACAAGAUGCGGGUUCCCAAGAGAAUUAAGGCCACUGGCGAGUUUUCCGACGAGGAUUUACUGCUAUCUAACCAGAAUGGAAUGAUCAGCUCCUGGAACUACCAUGACAAGAUUGACAUGAAUGUCCCGGAUAGAAUUGUGGUCUUGGGUCACAAUCAGCACUUGGAAACUCGUUCUGCACCGCGGGAAAUCCAGCUGGAAAACUCUAUUCUGCCCAAGAACCCUUCGAUCGGUUUGGUGCGCGUCCAAACGCCUCCGCGUGUCAUCACCCUCACCGAUCACCACUUUCCCUCGGCCUCCGAGGAGAGCUCGCCCAUCCGGGCUAAUGGCCAUCAUCUCUAUGGUCAUGAUCUCGACGAAGACGCCGACGACGAGGAGGGUCAGACGGCCACCCAAUAUGUGCGUGCCAAUGGGGUCGCCCGAAUGGGUUUCCAUACAAACGACACCCACUCCGUGGAAUCGGAUUCCCAGUUGACCACGGGCAGUGCCAGCAAGCGUUCACAGUUGAAUCAGCAGCAACACAAUAACCUAGAUGCCUCUAUGCUAGCGCAUCGCGAGGGUACACCCAUGGGAGAGCUGACGCCCCACGAGGAGAUACUGUAUCUGAGACGUCAGUUGGCCAAACUAAAUCGCCGGGUGCUAAAUAUCGAGAUUAACAAUGAGCAGCGCACGCAGCGGGAGAAGAUCGUCUACUGUCUGGGUCUAGCCUACUUCGUUCUUAAGACAAUAUUCUGGCUGAAUCGCAAUUAAAGAUAUGGCAAGGCAGGGGCAGAUAGUUGGAGAUCUCCUGGUGGGUGCCAAGGCAAAUCCCACAACAACGCUAUGGACACCCUUUUUGGAACAGCUUCUUUCGUUUCUUGACUUCUUUGUUUCUUAUGUGGAAAGGCUCUGAGAGAGACUUUGUUUUUUGUUUGCCAUAACUUCGUAGUCUAAGCUGAAUAAUAAAUAAGCGCAA